AUGGUAGAAAAGAAGGUGAGCUCUUCACCCUUCCUGAAGGCUUUUUAUUUAAAGACACCCUUGAGUGUGUCUAGUCCUCUCCGCCAACGACGCCACACGCUUCCUGCCAGUGAGUUCCGCAACCUCACACCACAGGACGCCAUCAGUGUGUUUGAGAUUGAGAGAGAAGCUUUCAUCUCCGUGUCUGGAGAGUGUCCACUCACACUGGACGAGGUGCUGCACUUCUUAGGUCAAUGUCCCGAGCUCUCCAUGGGCUGGUUUGAGGAAGGACAGCUGGUGGGCUUCAUUAUCGGAUCUGGUUGGGACAAGGAAAAACUUACACAGGAAGCUCUGACACGUCACAUGCCCAACACUCCUACUGUACACAUCCAUGUGCUGUCUGUCCACCGGCACUGUCGCCAGCAAGGGAAAGGCUCCAUUCUGCUGUGGCGUUACCUGCAGUAUCUACGCUGCCUUCCAGGUCUGCACCGAACCCUGCUUGUGUGCGAGAAGUUUCUGGUGCCUUUCUAUGAGAAGGCUGGCUUUAAGGAGAAAGGGCCCUCAGCAAUCACAGUAGGAGCUCUGCGCUUCAGAGAGAUGGAGUACACACUCGCAGGGCUGGCCUAUGCUCGGCGCAAGAGCAACUGCUAA